CGCUGCAUUCCCUGUUCGACACCCGAGCAAGGUCCGCCAUUUUAUUUCUAAGCUGUCAGCUGUCACCGCCAUGUCACCCAUUUGCCGCGUUUCGUUAUUGCUCCUCGUGGCGAUGUUGAGUUUGCAUUGUUGUCAUACAGCAACGAUCCCCAGAACUUUCGACUCGCGUCUCAACGAGGACGUCAUUCUUACCCCGAAAAAGAGACCUUUUUGUAACGCUUUUACUGGUUGUGGGCGCAAACGCUCCCAGAACAUCCCUGGAAUGCCAGUGCAGGAACUCUUCAGACAACGCCAGUUCGAAAAUGAUGACGCCGUUAUGCCAAUCCUCGAUUCCGAGUCAAGCUCUAUCGACGACCUCUCUCGACAGAUAAUAAACGCAGCAAGGCUAGUCGAAGCCAUCCAGGACGCCAGUGCUGAAAUCGCGAGACGGAAGCAGAACGAUAUUUUUAACCAAUAAACAUUUUAAAUUGAAUUAAACUCACGAAAGAUAAGCCAUAGCUAAUAAAUAAAAUUUAGAACACUU